AAACGGAAUUAAUUUUAGCCCGUGAUCAUCGCGAUGACGCGUUCACCUUGCAUACCGCGGUGGUGUGUAGUGCAGAUCGGCAUGCCAGUUAACGCGGUGAGGAUGCCUGUUCCAGAUCGGUGAUGGAGAUAAGCAGGCUCAAUCAAAACUCCUGCGCCCGGCGCUGCAGAAUAUAGAUAACCUGCCAUCUGACCGUAGAAAGCACAAGCACAUAUCGCACGUACUGCAAAGUAGUCAACAUGUUGUACACGGUGCAGGUUGAACGUGCUGACACCAAUCGCGACAUUCCAGCAUAUCGCUCUUCCUUCCCGCGCCAUAAUAGCAAACCUAUACUAGUACCUCUAGUGGAAAUGUGGUGCCGGUCAUGUAAAUGUAAAUGAUCAACACAUGUGUGCUGCACUCGGUCGCGCAUGACUAAGCCGCUUUUGUGGGGCCAUCAAGAGAACAAGCGCUCACCUUGUCAAUUAUGGACUUUUAACUUGCACAGUUGGUGUUGAUGUGAGUGUGGGCCACCAUUAUGGGCUGCAGCGGUUGACUCACUGGUGAGCGCUUUUUGUGGAAUGCGCGAGAAAAACGGAAAUUGCUUCACCAGUCCUCAACACAACAACCUCACCUACAUUGCCACACGCGCACAACUUUCAAGGUAUUCUUCGCAAUUCCCGCUCCAAAUAAGUCACCGGAAACACACGCACACGUCAGACCCUGCCCAACUAUAUGGCUUCUCGCCUUUUCCUCAUAGCUUUUGGGAAACUCACAAAACGAUUAUGCCGCAUCCGAGAGGAUCAUCCCAUCACCGGGUAGACCGCACACCUGAGGGAGCAAUAAGCGUUUCGCGGCAAUACACGAUGGACUCGCCACCGACCAGUGCGCUUUCUGCAGCGGAGAAGUGCCCAGUGGACGAUGUACCUGGGCGGACGGAUACCAACGACGAAGGAGAAGGUGCGGCCGCGGAUGAGCGACUUUACGACAGCCGGAGCGGCCGUGCAGCUACACCGGGCGACAGCGAUACUUUACCGAUAGCGACAGAGGAGAAGGGCGAGCAGGCAGCUGACCGCCCGCACAGCCUAACACCAUCCAGCCAUCUGUCCCCAGGUGCGCCAGGUCAGCCCCUCCCACCGGGCGGCGACGCUGUGGAGCGGGCGCUGCCGGCCAUGCCGUCGCCCGACGUCGCCUCCGACCCGCCGGAAACGAUGCCCGAGCGGUAUACGGCAGUACGCGAGAGCAGUGUGGACGCUGCCGAUAUGCCUACCGCCCGGGAAACCGUCGUGGAAGGGGAUACGGAGCAGUUGGCCAACGCACCGGCGUCACCCAGCACUUCCAGUACAGCUAAAGGUCACGACGAAGACGCGCAUAGAGAAGCGGCCGUGAAUUCCAUACAGAAGUUCGCUGAUGCCGGGAUGGGCGGUGAUGUAUCCAACGAAUUGCGGCGGUUCCAGUGCGAGUACGCCAACUGCGGGAAGAAGUUCAAGUUCAAGCACCACCUGAAGGAGCACACGCGCAUCCACACCGGCGAGAAGCCGUACAAGUGCAAGAGCUGCGGCAAGGAGUUCUCGCACUCCGGCUCCUACAGCUCCCACAUGUCCAGCAAGAAGUGCAUGCUCUCGGGAACCGUGUCCACCGGCAGCGGCCUCCUCCCGCUGCGCAACCCGGACGAGCCGCCGUCUUCCUCCUCCGGCGGCGCCUCCAGCUCCUCCCGCGGCCGCCGCGGCCCCGCUGACCGCGCGACGGGCACCACCGGCGACCCGGCCACCGCCGGCGGCGUCUUCCUGCACCAGAACGCGCCCACCAUGGUCCCGGUGAUGUCUGGCGGGGCCGGGCACUUCCCCGGCCUCAACCUCAGCAUCGCCGACAACUUCCUCUCCCGCAUCUACCCGCAGCACUUCACCUUCCCGGGGUUCUUCGUCCCACCGCCCAACACCACCGGCGCCCCGCCCACCUCCAACGGUCCCACCUUCAUGUCGCAGCUGGGGCUCAACGGGCCGCCGGCGCUGCCGAUGUACGCCGGGGUGAUGCCCCCGCAGCUGUGGUCCACCUCCGCGUCGCAGUUCCCACACCUCCCGCACUCGGGCGGCGUUCUCACCACCACCAGCGUCCUCAACGAGCGCAACCGCGGACCCGGGAAGGAGGAGCCGAAGGACACGGACGAGCCGAAGGAUACCCGGCGAGGGUCCGCGCGCGCACCCUCGUCGACCUUUGACACCACGCCGGUGGCCGCGCAUCAACCGGCGCGCAGUAAACCCGACCGGCAGCCGAUGCGCUACCCGACCUCCGCGCACACGUUCCACCGGGCGCGUUCCACCGGCAACCGCCCGCGGGAGUCCAGCCCGGGACUGGCGUUCCCCGCGGCGUACCGGCACUCCCCGGACGCCGGGGCGUACGACAGCGAGCCGGAGGAGGAGCAGCGCGCGGCGAAUUCCCGGCACCGCUCGGAGUCGGUGGAGGACGAGGAGUACAUGGACAGCACGGACGGCAACGGAGACAGCGGCGACGUGGACCGGCGCGGCGGGGACGCCGACGCGCACCACGGACUGGGCGGCGGCAACACCGCCACACUGCGGGUGCGCUCAUUAAUCUCCGACAGCAACUUCCGGCUGCUCAAGUCCUUCUACGAUCUCAACCCGUGGCCGAAGAAACCCGAUCUCGCCAGUCUGGCCGAUCGCUGCCGGUUGAAGCGGCGCGUCGUGCAGGUGUGGUUUCAGAACAUGCGCGCCCGCAAUCGCAAACUCGGACGCCAGCUGAUGGGCGGGCACCGACCGGCCGCCGGCAGCAUGGCACCCGCCACGUCGCACGAAGCGGUGACCUUCAGCGGCGCCCUUCCGGUGCGCUUUCCCGCCCGGUUGAUGGCCUCCGCGGGGGAGCCGGUCCGGAAGCCCGCCGCCCUCAACGGCGACGACGACUCCCCGCUGGAUCUAUCGAUGAAACUGUCCACCGGCGGUGGCCACCACGACACCACCAACGGACGCCGCGCCGCCCACCCAGAGGACGACGACGAAGCGGGCGAUGGUAUGGACGACGGGCAGGCGCUGAAUCUCAGCAUCAAACCGCUCCCGUUGCGCCACGACGCCCCCUCCAUGCUGAACCUCCGGGAGUGCCUGGCCAUGGCGCGCCCGGGGCGUCUUCGCGGCCGGGGACGGACCACCGGGCGCCCCUCGUGGGCGGGGCGGAAGGGCGCCCUCCUGCGCUCCCCCACGAUGGCCCUCCCCGAGUACGACAACUGCGACCUGCGAGCGGCCAGCGCCGAGUCCGACAACGAAGCCCCGCCGCCGCGGGACGUGGAGGCGGAGCGCGGGAUGCUGCACGGGAUGGUGGAGCACAGCUCGACGUCCUCGGAGUCCCCGUCCUCCGUGCACUCCUCAACGGGCUCCUACUACGGGGGCGGCGCGCAUCCCCUGGAAGCGGAGGCGGACGCUCCGGUCAACGCGACGGGCGCCAGUCGCCGGAAGGCCUUCCCCAGCCGGCUGCAGGUGCGCAGUGCUUACCGCCCCCAUCCCUACCGCCCGGAAGCGGCCGGCAGUCCGCCGACUGGGGGGCGGGGCGGCUCCUUCUGGAAAGUCGGGCGCCCCGAGAAAAACCAGCACGGUGCCGGGGAGGCCGGGAACGGCGGGGGACUGUCUGCGGCGUUGAACAGCCAGCUGAACGCCGUGGGCAUGUAUUCCUGCGACCAGUGCCGGAAGAUGUUCAGCAAGCAGAGCUCACUGGCGCGCCAUAAAUACGAGCAUUCCGGUCAGCGGCCGCACAAAUGCGAAUUCUGUCAUAAAUCCUUCAAGCACAAACACCACCUGACGGAGCACAAACGCCUGCACACCGGCGAGAAGCCCUUCCAGUGCAAGAAGUGCCUGAAGCGCUUCAGCCACUCGGGCUCCUACAGCCAGCACAUGUCGCACCGCUACAAAUACUGCCAGCCCUACGCCGCCGAAGCGGCGCACGGCGCCCACGCCCUGCAGCGCCACCUGGGCGGGGGGGCCGGCGAGGAGCGGCCGGGCGACGGUGAGGAGGAGGAGCUGGAGGGGAUGAUGGACGCCGACGCCCUGGAAGCCGAGGGCGAUGGCGACGGCGACGGCGAGCCGGAGGAGAUGGAGAGCGACGAGGCCGAGCGCGGCGGCUUCCUCACGCAGCAGCGGCCGCACGGCAUGCGGCCGGCGCCGGCCGAGCAGCCGGCGGGCGUAGCGACAUGAACCAUCCGGAAGAUACUACCCAGCGUUAUAUAUUAUCCGUGGUGAUUGGUGAUUUUUGCUUGUCGGUGCCCAGUAUUUUUCUGUUGUGUGCAGUCCAUGCUAUUCUACCGAAGCUAUCUAGUCCGCUUGGAGCGAUCCGUCAGCGGCCGCUCGAAGUCGUUGUUUAUCGCAACUUAUUAGCCAAUCCCGCGUCACACACCACCAACGUGGCCAUAUAUAUUCGCACCAAUAUUGACCAGACAGUGUCCGGCAUCCAUGACCUUUCCAUAACUGACCGCGCUGGUGAAGCGUUCAUAUCAUCGGUGCUUACUGCUAAUUUGUACGCGUUUGCGCUGCAACCGGUCAUGUCAACGUGUGCCAGCGUUAGCGUUGGAUACCGGCAUCGAUUCGCGCGCCUCUUAACUCACACCACGAUCUCUCUCUUCUUGCUACUCUAAUUCCGCCAACGGAAAACGGCUGACUCAUCGACACCCGCACAUUGACCGGUCCGUUGCGGAAUCAGGACGUUCUUGUUUGUGCCGAAGUGCGGCCCGCUGUUGACCGCACUUCCUUCUGUAUAUUCAGCCGCUGACCUUUCCCGCAUUGGGAUUACGGAUGGGAAACGGGGAGGCAGCGACCAGUGUGAACAUGUGCAGCAAUCUCUGGCGAGCAAUACUCUUGUCGAUGAUGUUCCUAUAUAAUAUAGUACUCUGAAUUAGAUUUUUUUGUUUUCUUAUAGUAUGCAGCUUUGCCCAAGUGUUCUCGUUAGUUGGUUUCUCUCUGGUGGCCCUCCGCGUCGGCCCGGCCUGUCUGUCAUUGCGUCUGUUUCCCGUGUUUUGGUUUGGUUCGGUGACCGGCGCGGAAAGACACCGACGCGAUCUGAGCCGAGCUUCCGGUUGAAUUCUGAUUUGUACUCGAUUUGCCGAAUUGUACAUGUGCCGUUGUUCGUGCAGCUUUACUUUGUUGAGCGCAACAUUGUUAAUAAAUUAACGUGCAAAUUGUCAAGAAGAAAAACCGAUAAUCGAUUCU